AAUAUAUAUAACUUUGCCUAUGGGUGGCAAAAUCGGGUUAACCCGAGAAAAUAUUGGGGCCAGUCUCGGGUUCUUCACGAAUGUGAGUCCAGUUCUCGGUUCUCGCAUUGUUCAGAGUGUCGUGGAGGUUUCGAAAAUGGCGUGGCUAAUCUCCACGAGCUUCACAGUUCCUUUAUGCGUAAACAAGGGAGUGCAUGAAUUAGAUUCUGCUAUGACUAAACUUUCAAAGAAAGCAACAAUUACUACAGCACAAAAUAUUAUAGGAUCUUGUAGCUCAAAUAAACACACAUUAUUCGUGGAAGGAAGCGGAAGCUGUCAGCGUUGCUUGAUUUCAUUGGCAAGAUUUCUACAUGACAGUUACUCUUCUAAAGAGGAUGUAAAUUAUUGUGCUAAAAUAGUUAUAUCUGGUUAUUGGGUGGGCCCUGAUGCUGAUGAUGGGUGGGGAUUUGUGGAAGCUAUUAUUGAUCAAAUAACUUGAUCUUGUUUGUUUUGGAUAAGAGUUAAUUUUGCUUAAUUUAUCAUAGGUAAGCUGACCACUAUUUCUAUUUUUUAAAGGUUCCACAAACUAACCAGUUUUUUGGGGGGGAAAUUGAGAUUAUCAUACAUAAACGGAUACUGGAGAGGCAUAAGUAUUUUAGAACAUAAUUAGCUCAGUGUGCACGUGUUGAUUUGUGAAUUAUUUUAGAGAUCACGUCUGUAUCUGUAAUUGACCAAGAUUGAACAUAGUGAAAACACUGUCUUGCCUUGCAGAUA